CCUGUAGCCGCGCAUCCUGCUCCUCAGCCCGGUCAGGAUGAUCCGCCGCUGCACCGUCACCACCGACGACCUGCGCCUCGCCGCCGCUCUCAUUUAACCCCUCACUCGGAGCUCCGCACGCUGACCCCCUCCAUGCGCUGCCCUCCUCCUGAGAUGCACAAUUGGGACACGAUUUCCCGAAGCACAUCUCCGUCGUGCGUCGCCCCUGCUCGCUGAUAGAGAGCAUGCCCGACACGGGGACCGCGGCGGCGGCGGCGGCGGCUGCCAGCAGCGCGGCCACCGUCGCCGGCGACGGCCGGAGCAGCCGGCACCGACACCGAGCGCAGCAGGGAGACGCGGAGAGGCCGGAGCCGGGCGCCGCCGCAGCACCAGCCUCCUCCGGUGUACUGGAUAAGCUGUUCGGAAAGCGGCUGCUGCAGGCUGGGAGACACAUCAUGUCUCAUAAGUCUUGGAUGAAAACGGUGCCCACAGAGAACUGUGACGUCCUCAUGACAUUUGCAGACGCCACAGAUGACCACACGUUACUAUGGCUACUGAACCACAUCCGGCUGGGAAUCCCAGAGCUCAUCAUACAAAUUCGACAUCACAAGCGCACACGAGUCUACGCGUUCUUCGUCACCGCCACGUAUGAAAAUUUGUUGCGAGGUGCUGACGAGAUGGGACUGAGGAAAGCGGUGAAGCCCGAGUUCGGAGGAGGAACGCGCAGCUUCUCCUGCGAGGAGGACUACAUCUACGAGAACAUCGAGAGCGAGCUGUGCUUCUUCACGUCACAGGAGAGGCAGAGCAUCAUUAAAUACUGGCUGGAAAAUCUACGUGCCAAACACGGGGAGGUGCUUCACAAUAUCAACUUCCUGGAGGGCCAGCCAAUCAUCCCGGAGCUGAGUGCGCGAGGUGUGAUCCAGCAGAUGUUUCCUCUCCAUGAGCAGAGGAUCCUGGGUCAGCUGAUGAAGUCCUGGGUCCAGGCUGUUUGUGAGAAACAACCUUUAGAUGAUAUCUGUGACUAUUUCGGGGUGAAGAUCGCCAUGUAUUUUGCCUGGUUGGGUUUCUACACCACAUCCAUGUUGUAUCCUGCUGUGAUCGGCUUUGUGCUGUGGAUGCUCACCGAGUCAGAUCAGACGAGCCGUGACAUCUGCUGUGUGGUGUUUGCCCUGUUCAACGUCGUGUGGGCCACUCUGUUCCUGGAGCGGUGGAAGAGGAGGGGGGCUGAGCUGGCGUACAAGUGGGGAACUCUGGACACGCCGUCUGAAUCCCUGGAGGAACCACGGCCUCAGUUCCGGGGAGUCAAGCGCUGUAGUCCCGUAACAGGAUGUGAGGAGUUCUACUAUCCUCCGUGGAGGAGGCGUGUAUUCAGGUGGCUGGUCAGCCUGCCCAUCUGUAUCCUCUGUCUCUGUUUUGUCUUCCUGGUCAUGCUCAUCUGCUUUGAGCUGCAGGAAUUUGUGAUGGGGAUCAAGGAAAUGCCUCGGCUAGCUCGCUUCAUCCCCAAAAUAAUGCUAGCCAUCACUGUGACGGCAUGUGACGAGGUGUACAGGAAAAUCGCCUGCUGGCUCAACGACAUGGAAAACUAUAGACUCCAGAGUGCCUAUGAGAAAAAUCUCAUCAUCAAAAUGGUUCUUUUUCAGUUUGUAAAUUCUUAUCUCAGCCUUUUUUACAUUGGAUUCUACCUCAAAGACAUGGAGCGUCUGAAAGAGAUGCUGCUGGUGUUGUCUCUGUUGAGGAGUCUGCAGCGGCAGGUCCGGGUUAACCUGCUGCCCUCCCUCCUCUUCAAGAUCAAGAUGUUUAUGAUCUCUGUCCCCUGGUUCUCCAGGACUUUUCUCAGGUCCAAAAUGCUGGCCACUCUGCUCAUCAUACGCCAGUUCCUUCAAAAUGUGAAGGAGGUGCUGCAGCCUUAUCUGUAUGAGCGCCACAAGCUGGGCGAGCUCUCACUGCGAGCCAUGUGGGACCUGCUGCUCUCAGUGCUGCUGAAAUAUGCCCGGCUGGCAGCUGGGAAAGCCCAGGUCUCUCCCACUGACCAGCACAUGCCGGGACCUGGACUGAGGGGCACGCGGCCUGGGCUGGGGCAGCCAGACAGGAGGGAGAAGAAGUGUUUAAACGGGGGGUGCGGGGUGCCCGAUGAAGAGGAGGGAGGUGAGAGGGACGAGGCCGACAGUGGGAGGUUCAGCGAAGGAGAGACGGAGGAGGAAAGUCUGAUCGACUGCGGUUUGAAGCUGAGGAAGGUCAGCUUCAUAGAGAAGGUGGACAGAAGACCCGUCUGCACUGGACCCCCCAUAGACAACAGUUACCUGGAUGAAGGGAGCCCCACCAUGGUGGAAAAGGGAAUGGACCCGUCCUCUGUGUUUGAAAUGUGUGACGACGACGACGAUAAUGACAUCCAUGAUGUGAAGGAGGCUGGUGGGGGAGGGACAGGUGCGGCUGAGGGAGUUAAUGCUGCUGCCGCUGCUGCUGCUGCUCCACUUCCCUCUGGCUCUGAGAGCAGCACGUCACUGCGACACAGGAGAAGAGGCAGGAGCACGGAGAGACCCGAGCCUAAAACCAAAAGGGAAUCGUGGAUGGACCCCCCUGCAGAGAGGGAGAGCACCACGCUCACUCAGGCUGAGAUGGAGAGCUGCAUGCAGACUUAUGCUGACACCUUCCAGGACUACCAGGAGAUGUUUGUCCAGUUCGGAUACGUGGUGCUCUUCUCCUCAGCGUUCCCCCUGGCGGCCAUGUGCGCGCUCAUCAACAACAUCAUCGAGAUCCGCAGCGAUGCCUUCAAGCUCUGCACCGGCCUGCAGAGGCCGUUUGGACUCCGAGUGGAGAGCAUCGGCCAGUGGCAGACUGCAAUGGAAGCCAUGGGCCUGAUCGCCAUCAUAGUGAACUGUUACCUGAUUGGUCAGUGUGGUCAGCUGCAGCGUCUGUUCCCGUGGCUCAGCCCGGAGAUGGCCAUCAUCUCCAUCGUCAUCCUCGAGCACUUUGCCAUUCUCCUGAAGUACAUCAUCCACGUGGCCAUACCUGACAUCCCUACAUGGGUCCGAGAGGAGAUGGCUAAACUGGAUUAUCAGCGCAGGGAGGCCUUCAAGAAGCACGAGCGACAGGCGCAGCAGCAUUACCAGCAGCUGCAGAGGAGGAAGAGGGAGGAAGAGGAGAGGCAGAGGCAGGCGGAGCACAUGGCCCGGAGGGAGAGGGAGCGGGACGACAGCAAGGGUGACUCCUCUGGGGAUCACCACCAUGACAAAAGUCACGGCAGCAAAUCGCGGGCCGGGGGUGGAGGAGGGGGAGGAGGCGGGGGGUCCGACAAACCCAAGAGGCCCAGCUCUCUGCUGGCCAACAACAACGUGAUGAAGCUGAAGCAGAUCAUCCCGCUGCAGAGCAAGUUCUCCUCGGGUGGCGCCCGCUCCCCGCAGUCACCCACCAGCAACGAGCCAAAGCUCCCUGGGUUCCUGAGCUUCAAAUUCCUCAAGUCACCUGAGAACAAGAAGGAAGGUGUGGCGUCUGCCGCCUCAGCCAACAAUUCCACCGCAUCGGCAUCAUCAUCAUCUUCAUCAUUAGGUAGCAGCUCUCAGGAGCGUUCUCAGUCACCCAGCAAAGCCUUCAACCCUGGGAAACUGUUUAACUUUGGGAAAUCCGAGGGAGGGACGUGUGUGAACGGGGCGGCGCUGCCCAGACCCGGGGAGGGGGCAUCAGAAAGACACAUUUCCAGGUCUGACUUGAACGGCGUUCCAGACGAGAUCCCCUCGCCCGGAGGGGAAGACUCUGAGAACGGACCUUCAACAGUUGUGGACGCGGCCGGCUCUAAAGUUUAGUCGCUCCAGAGAGAACAAAACUCGUCUCGGCUGAGGAAGCGACGUGUUGAGAAGCCUGACCCACCUGCUGAAUCGUCCUAGGUGGCGUGUAGACGUACCUGAAGCAGGGAGAGGAAACGAUGAGAUGAUGAGAGGUGACUGGUGUGUUGGGUUAUUUUGCUGAGGGACAAAAAAAACUGGCUUUAUGAGAAAGACGUUGCUACGAUGACUGAAUAAACACACAUGCACACACACACACACAAUCCUUUACACACACAGACAAACAUACAACCCCUUCCUUGUCUGCAAUACAUAAAGAAAUGCAUGAGCUGCGUUUCUUAUAUUUUCAAGCCUUUAAAGCAGAGAGCUGUGUUUCUUGAUUUUUCUUUUUCUAGUCAGAAAUUGUAAGCAUCUCUGUGGCCUCCCACUCGGACAUAUCAGCUUGCUGCGGAGGAAAAAAGAUUAAAAAACCUGGUGUGAAAGGAUCUACGAUUGUACAUGCGAUUAACUACUGAGAGUGUUCUUUAGCCGUCACAACACCGGUGAUCAUCACCAGUGAGGAAUUCUAGGGCCCCUCACUUUUGUGUUGAAGUGGGUAAAAAAAAAAAAAUGUAAAAGCAAUACCAAUCAGUGUUUUUAAUUAUUCCUAUCAAUCAUCACCCAAACCCUCCCUUUAUGAACAUCCCCGAUAAAUCACCAGCUUUAUUUUCAAAGCAGAGGUGACGUCCUCCCACACGCGGUCCCGACCUGUGGCAGAGUCAGAUUUGUUCCAAGAGAAAGAAGUCGAGCUGUCGCAUACCAGUGUUUCCCCCAAAAGAUGGAGUGAAAGAGAGACCAGAAAAGGCAAAUAAAUAAAUGAGUAAAAUAAAGCAGACGAUGGGGAUUUUGCAAAAAAUUAAAAAGGAACCUGGAGCCCAGAGGCCUGAGCGCCGUUCUCCAUCCACGCCUGUAGAACAUCUUGUAGGCAGACGGAGCUCCAUUCCACACACUCCAACCAGACUUGGCAAAACGAGCGAGUUCAAGAAACAACAACAUUUGCACUAAACCUCGACGCCCUGCAUAGAAGCAAACCUCUCUCUACCCUGGAGAGAGAGAGAGCGCUGACACCAGCCUGCCUCCUGACAUUAUGCAAAAGCUGGAUUGUUUGUUUCCCUCCUCUCACCCGUCCCUGCUCUCAGCUACUAUGGAACUUUCCUAAAUAUUCAGAAGAGGCUUUUAGAAAAAAAACAAAAAACAAAAAACAAUAGCUGCUCUUAUUUUAUGUUGAGCUUUAUCUUUUUUAUACGCAUCAUUUGCUGAUGAUGGAGAUUUUCUUUCUUUUUUUUUUAACCAAAGUGUUAUUUCAUUCGGAUUAUACUGUUAUCCAAUCAUGUAUUUUCUGUAAAUUCUGUUUAUCGUGCACUUCGGCGCCGUUUGUAAAAUAGAUGUUCCUCAAAGUACGGAAGCCCAUCAUCGUCUACCAUUAAUUAACCGGUAUUUCACUUCUAUAGUCUCCCCAGAAGGGGGCGCCACUGAACAGUUUAAACACAAAUGGGUACAUAGUCAACAACGAAUUGAAAUAAGCAGUUAGUCAUCUGACUUGUGUGGUUGCAGCAGGACUGUGAAAGGGAAAUGAAUCAUGGCGUCUAACACAGCAACGAAGGUGUCGGUGGCCAUCGCCCUCUGGGUUGAGACACAGUAACAUUAACUAUGCAUUUCCACGCCGUCACCUCUGGCAAUGAUUUUGGCAAUAACCGAGUUGUUGAAGACUAUUAACCCCCCCCCCACCUGCAGCACCACUUCCUUCUGCAUUACCCCGAGCCAGACUCUAUGCAUCUUUUGUUUUUUUACCGUCCAGUAAGAGCUCUGCCAGCCCCGUCUCAUAUUUAAUGUGCGGAAACAGUUAAUCUCAUCCAUCCACAGCUUUGUGUUUACAGAAUCGACCCGUCCUAGGGGUGCUGACGACACCCAGCUUCAAACUGUUUUUUAUGUUCCGUCGCUGCUUUCAUAACUUUACAGUAAGCAAAGUCCACCUCUUAGUCAUGCGCCUAAAUAGAAUUCAGAAACGUACUUCCACAGAAAGACAAAAAUAUCUUGCUGACAUUGAAUGCAAUAAGGGAAUAGGACGUCUGUGUGGUCGCAGUGUCGUGUGACUGUAAAUCUGCAGUAUGUUCUUUUUAUAUCUGGAAGUUAUUGUUCUCUGUGCGUGUAAAAUGAGAAGAGAACAUGCUGAAAGACAUUUGAUAUCCCCGGUGUCUCUUUGUUUUGUUCUCACUGGAAAACUUCAGAACAAGAGCUGAGCUUAAUUUCAUCCAAACCUUUAUUCUUGCAGCAUCAGGGACGAAUAAAUGAUGCAACAGAGUCGAUUCAUCAUCGUUUGGGUGUUUUUGUAGAGAGGACAAGCCGGUGUCCUGAUGGAGGCAACUGGAGUGAGAGGGCAAACAUGAGGGCGUUCGCUGACUCCGGCAAAUCGCAUGGGAGUUCAGAUCAGGCCUGGAUUUGUAUGUAGUUCCUCCUUAAUCAGGGAGAACUGGGCACAAUUAACCAAUUUUCAUCCUUGAGUUCUUGUUAGCAGCAACAAAUUUUGCAUAUUGUUUUAACGGAGGUCUUUAAAUUUGCAUGAAUUGAAGUAAAGUAACAUGUUAGUGACUCGGGCCAAGCACAGGCGUCAGCUCAGACUCAUCAGUCGUCUUUAAUUCACUAUCAAAGCAGCAGCUCUCGUAGGAAUUUAGUGUAUCCACACUUUACAAGUCAAAUCAGUGGGAAAGGACUGAGUGAAUUUAGCAAAUGUUCUGUCUACUGGACGAUGAUAAGUGUCUGUGAACAGGUGAGAUUCUCACCACAGCUACAUAAAAAAAAAAACCUGACCCUCAACCUCGAAGUUUAAGAGAAGUCAUCUUUGUGGAAGCCUCACUUACUGAACAUCACAUGCUCUUCCAAUGUACCACUGUACAAAACAAAUCUUUUAAAGAAAAAUACUGGGAAAUGGGACUAUUUAUUUCUUUUAAUUUAUUUUGUCAUAUUUUUGUAAGACCUGAAAAAUAGUUAAUAAAACUAUUUCAAAUGCA